GUGAGCUGCGGAGGACACCAGCCCAACCCCGCCGCCCUCUCACCACACCGCGCCGGGGCGGACGGAGGGCGAGACCCCGCCGUCCCCCACCUCCUCCCUUCCCUGUCAGGCACCGCCUCCUUCUCUCCCCGCCCCGCCGUAGGCCGCGGCCCGCCUCUCCUCCUCCUCCGCUGCCUGACAAGGGACGGGGGUGGCAGUCGCGGCGGCAGCGAGGGGCGGGGGGGUGACAAGGCAGGAGACAGCCCUCUAAGCUCCGCCGGCCCAGGUUCCUUCUUGUCCUCCGUCUCCUGCGUGCGGGGUGUUGAGGAGCAGCCAUGGUGAAGGUGUCGUUUAACUCCGCGUUGGCGCAGAAGGAGGCGGCGAAGAAGGAGGAGGACAACAGCCAGGUGCUGAUCCUGCCGCCGGACGCCAAGGACCCCGAGGAUGCUGUGCCUGUUGGGCAGAGGAGAGCCUGGUGCUGGUGCAUGUGCUUCGGAUUGGCCUUUAUGCUGGCUGGUGUGAUCCUGGGUGGUGCCUAUCUGUACAAAUAUUUUGCAUUCCAGCAGGGUGGUGUGUAUUUCUGUGGAAUAAAGUACAUUGAAGAUGGCUUGAGUUUACCUGAGCCUGGGGCAGAGGCUCAGAGCGCUCGCUACCACACGAUUGAGCAAAAUAUUCAGAUCCUGGAGGAGGAAGACGUUGAGUUUAUAAGCGUGCCAGUCCCUGAGUUUGCUGAUAGCGAUCCUGCUGAUAUCGUCCAUGACUUCCACCGGAGACUCACUGCCUAUCUUGACCUUAGCUUGGAUAAGUGCUAUGUGAUUCCUCUGAACACUUCAGUUGUUAUGCCACCAAAAAAUUUCCUGGAGCUGCUCAUCAACAUCAAGGCUGGAACAUAUUUGCCUCAGUCCUAUUUGAUUCAUGAACAGAUGAUUGUUACUGAUCGCAUUGAAAAUGUGGAUCAGCUGGGAUUCUUUAUUUACCGCCUCUGCCGUGGCAAGGAAACCUAUAAACUACAGCGCAAAGAAGCCAUGAAAGGAAUUCAGAAGCGUGAAGCCGUCAAUUGCCGAAAGAUUCGACACUUUGAGAACAGGUUUGCUAUGGAAACACUCAUCUGUGAACAGUAAUGAGGAGUAUUGCUCUUACAGGAGACUUAAAAACUACAGUAUGACCCCACCCUUUGUAUUGUGUGCAGUGAUUAUUUUUUAAAAUCUUCUUUUAUGUAAGUAGUGCGCAGGGCUUUAUUGCUGAACACCUUCCAUACUUUUCAUCUCAUGAUACACGUAAAAUCAAUAUGGUUUAGUUUUUUCCUUAUUUUCAGGUGUGGUGUUCUUCUUAUAUUUGAAUAGCAAUUGUAUAAAGACUUAGUUGCUAGUGCAUUUCAUGUGAUGAAUCUUGAAUACUACGAAGAAGAGAAAGUCUUCGAAAUAUCCACCGUUUUUAAUUAAGUAAAAUUGAAGAGAAUUAUUAAUGUACAAAUGGACUGCAAGAGCUACUUCUAACUGUAAUAUUACCUGCUAUAUAGUUUGUUACAGCAUAUAGACAAACCUGUAUUUGACCCUCCCUAACAAAGUGCAAUUUGUUUGUUUUUAAAAUACUGUCAUAUUUACCUUUUUAGAUUGAUUUCUGACUUGAUGUUUUAAAAUGGCAAGUGUUUGCUGUAACAAUCUUUUAGAAAAUUAAGAAGUAACUUAUGUUACUAACUUGUAUAUAAUCCAUGUAUGUGCAAUGGAAAAUAAAUCUUACAAACCUGUUUGUCUAAAA